GCAUUCCACAAACUCUCAAAUUCAAAGCAUUUGUACGUAGCCAACACCCAACCGUAGCAAUGGGUAGGAUCUUUGAGAAGACAGUCGACCAAACUGACAUUGGUAAAAAAAAAUUGAAGCUUCCCAGAGGUACAAAAUUUGAAGAACCUCAAAUCGUCGUUAGAGAUGAGACCGAUGAGACCAAUACACAAUGGAAUUUUCAGUUGACCAAAUCGGCCGGUGGUCAGUCAUAUCUCGGUGGUCAAGGUUGGGAAGAUUUUGUGAGUAGCAAAGGCAUUGGAGAUGGUAGCUGGAUCGGCCUUUACAAAGAAAAAGACCAUCUCAAUCCUGAAGCUCCGCCCUACAAAAUCGUAUUCAGAAAUUAGAGUUAUUAGUAUAUUGUAAGAUACUAUCCAUUAGCCCUUAAUAACCUCCAUUAUGCUUUCUGUAACUGCUUGUCUGUUCGGUUUUUGUGUACAGGAAUGCUGGCUUUGUGUUGUCUACCGUCUAAAGUACUAGUGUGUCUCUGACUAUUGUCCAAUUAUUAUUACGGUAUUGUUUAUGAUUCUGUGAUCAAUGUAAAAUAUUAAUGAAAGUUUCAGCUCUCU